AGUCGGUCUACCCAACUUAAAUGACAUAGAAUUAUCUCACAACCGACUCUCUUCCAUGCCCACAUUCCCAAAUUUGCCAUCGUUGGAAACUCUCGAUCUGUCUUAUAAUCGAAUAGAAAUCUUGUCAUUUGAAUACUUUGUCAAUCUGCCAAACCUUGAACAAUUGAUUCUGACUGGUAACAGAUUGAAUACCAUUCCGGUUUUUCCAAACAUCGAAUUUCUCGUAAGUCUCAUUCUCAGCGAAAACUUCAUCACCUACUUUGAAGAUAAUCCGUUUGAGCAACUGUCUUCAUUAACGAAACUUGAAAUGGUCGACUGCAAUUUGACGUCAAUCUCUCCAUUUGGCCCUAUGGCAUCUUUGCAACAGUUAAUUUUGGAGCACAAUAAGAUCAGCGAAUUUAACGUGGGCUUUUUCUACGGUCUUCCAAGUCUGCAGCUGCUGAAUUUGGCUGACAAUGAAAUCACAUCUCUCCCAGCUGCAUUGCCUAUCCCGCUCGUUACCCAACUCAUUGUCUCUCACAAUGCUAUUUCCGUUAUUGAUAAUUUCGCAUUCGUUCAGAGUGAACGCCAGUUCAAUUUAGAUAUUUCCCACAACAUGGUGGAGUCUCUAGACUUCUUGAUGUAUGCACAAUCACAAUCGUUAUGGGUUAAGGCUGAUUCAAAUCGAAUCCGGGAGUUUCCAAUCACAGGCAUUUCAGAAAACGUACGUUAUCUAUCACUUGCAGAGAACGAAAUAAGUUUUAUAUCCCAGCUUACCUUUGCCUUUGCAACGAGCUUAUAUUGGCUCUCCUUGAGCAAAAACCAAAUAAGGCACAUAUCUGGUACUUCCUUUUCAGCGUGCUCAUCUCUAAGCAGCCUUGAUUUGGAUGGCAAUCCCCUGGAGUCGAUCGAUGCAGAAGCAUUCAGUGGUCUAACAUCUUUGCAAUUUCUUCGAAUGGCAAACCUUCCUCUUCAAAAUUUUCCCGAAAACCUUUUUGACGCCGUUGAAUUACCCAACCUUGGUUACGUACACAUCAUGAACACGUCAGCGCUCAUUACAGCGUCGCUUGACUUUCAAUAUGCGCACCAAGUGAAUCUGGACCAUCAGCAAAUCAUUGCAAUGCCCAACAUAUCAGCUCCACGACUUCAAUCCAUCAGCGCCACUUAUUGUCUCUUCACGAACAUCCCAACUGAACUUUUCACCCGCCAUCCAUAUCUGGAGAACCUACGUCUUUCCUACAACCGUAUCGCAACAAUCAAUGAGGGAGAUUUCGUAAAUGCCAUCAAGCUCCUCAAUAUUCAUCUCGACAAUAACCGCAUCAACUUAGUGGCACCAGGCUCGUUCCAACCAUUUGUAUUUGUCAUUUUCAUUGGCUUACAGGGGAAUGAACUUUCUCAUUUCGAUAUCGGAAGGUCUUACCUAAACGCCAUUCAACGAAUAGACCUGUCCGAUAAUCCAUGGCACUGUGAUUGUCGUCUUGAGUCUCUGAAAUGGGUCUUGAUGAAAUACGACGACGUCAGCGAUCCAAUACACUGCGUUUCGCCUCCAGAGCUAUCAUCCAGGGCGAUCAAUUCCCUCCAAAUGUCUGAUCUUGGUUGCGUCAAUGGAAAUCAAACCGACGCGGUUGACGAUCUCGAGACAGAAACAGUUUACGAUCUCGUGACUGAAACGGUUUACGAUUUCGUGACUGAAACGGUUGACGAUUUCGUGACUGAGACGGUAUAUGAACUCAUGACCGAAGUCACUGAUGUGUUGGUAACUGAGGACGUUGUUGAGUUUUUCACCUUCUUCUUUGAGGAAAGCUCAGGUGUGGACCUUGGACGUGCAGGCGAUCGGGAUGAGAUGGGACCUCCCUACGAACACGACGAUGAUGAUGGUGAUGAGGAUAAUGACAACGGUGAUGGUCAAGGUGGUGAAGACUUGACCGUUCAGCCUAUCGUUGAUUUUACCAACGGAGAUUCAGAUGAAACAAUGGACUGGUAUCCGCCUUGCCAUCUUGGUCUAUCUACGUGCUCUUGUCAUAUCUUUAAAGCGCCCUCUAUUUUAAUCUUAAUUGCAUUGCUAAUGGCAGUACAUGUAUUCGCGUGAGAGUUGUAGUCUGUAGACAUAUUGGAAUCUAGAUGUUUAUGUAUAGUGCAAAGAUUAUCUAAAGCGGCUGUUAAGGUAGGAGUUAGACAUCUGAAUUCCUGAACUCUUUUAAUUUAGGAAAGACCUGUGAUCAUGGUCGAACACAUCCACGGACGAUUUGCUGAAAGUUUUACUUUGUAAAGGUGAAUAACAAAUUCAAAGAAAUUCGAAUUCACUUAUUAAUGUUCGCUUUGCAACGCUUACAAAUCCCAUGUUUUGUAUUGAUCAAAAUGAACUUAUAUGUAUAAC